CUUGAUUUCUGAACAUUGUGCCAUAAGACUCAUAGUGCCUGUGGACAUCUUGUGGGUAGACAGCUCCACACUGGGCACCGAUCUCCCUCUUCAACCCAAGUUUUUCUAUGACGCUGCAUGCUUCCGAGAAACUGGAUUAAACUUUGGCUAUGGACCCCAAAAUAGACUACCUGAAAAUCAACGGCCCCACCAGUCGACCAUCAGGGUGAUUAUCACCCUUGAAAUCGGGGCCUGUGCUUUAUUAGAGUUAGCGCUCAUACACUGCGGGUCAGGCCACACAUUUCACGGGGCCACGCAUUUUGAUCCUUGUCGGUAUUAAAUUUAGAUCGAAAUGUAUGAAGUCUAUCUUUGAGACCAGCUCUUUUCUCUAACUAUAAAAGGACACAUUCUCUCCUGCUAUCAAGUUAUGCCAGCCUACAACCUCAUCCAUGAAAACAGACAUGUCACCAUCGGAUCCCGAGAAGUCUUCAAGUCAAUGGACAGAGAGAGACAGCCUUGUCCAAGCGCGAAAUCGAACAAAGAGAACAUUAAUAAAUAAAGCGUAUGAAUACUUUCAAAAAUGCAAGGCCGACGUUUAUCUCUACAUCCACUAUGAAAACAAGUAUUUUAUUGCAGAAUUCUUCAGGGAUUCUAAUACUACCAGCUUUCAACUCUUGAAUGAGUCGCUGAAGAAAGUUUACCCACCCCCGGUACGAACAACAUCCGAAAACCUUCCAAAAAUAGUCAAAGAUAGGAAUAGAGUCCAAAAAAAUAAGCGAGGGGAGAACUGAUAGGUAUAUAUUGUGAGCAGCUUUAAUUCCAGCCAAUCAAUGAGGGCAACAGUUGAAAGUUUAAAUUAUCCAAUCAUAUACACUGAAUUCCUCAUCGUUCCUAAAAGCGCUUUUUCUACUUUUCUAUAGAGCACCCUCUAAAAAUAACUCUGGCCAUAUGGUCCCUUAGGCCCUGUGGCCCUUUAUGCCAUGGGGCCUCCCAUAAUUAAGCAGACGUACCCCUUUGCUUCUUAUUGGAAGGAGUGGUUAUGACGCUGGGUAUCUGAUUCAACGGCAGUGGAAGGAGUUGGCUCUGGAGUCGACUGACAUGUUUGGAGGACGGCUUCUUGUGUACUUCCAGUACAUCUAUCGUCUAAAAUUUGAUAAAACCUCUUCUUUUUCCUCUCUUCAUUUUUAGUAGGACUAAUACAUAUUGGUUCUGGGAAGAAGACAUAAAUGUUGGCAUAGGUCCCUAUUCAUUUCAGACCAUUAGUUAUGGGACAUAUCCAGUCCCAUAUCCGUACAAAAUACAGACCCAAGAAUACAGGUCAGAUUAGGGCACAUGGUAUCCAGCCUGGAUCGGUUGAGCUGUGCCGACAGGCCUGGCUUCAUGGAAAGAUGACCCUCAAUGCGCCAAGUCUAUAUCACAUGGUUCGCCUUGGAGGGGUAACAAUGGCAUCAUAGGAAAGAAGUCAAAGUUCGUUAGGAAGCAGCUGGUUGUGUAUUUGGGAGACAACGAGAGAAAAUAGCAGCAUCAUCUCGCUUUCUCUUCUUUGAAACUCUCUUGCUCAAGAGACGCUUUUGGGAUGAGAUUCUUGCUCGGUCGAAAUCUAUAAUCAUCGCGCCUUUAUUCUCCGCAUUCCAAAAUAUAUUACCGUCGUGCGCGUCACAAUGUCGAAUCCCAAGACCAUGAAUAUCCAGUAGAGCCUCUCGAAUGCUUUGAGAUAUACCCAGACCUUCAUGUAACCUAAUGGGCCUCCCUGCAUGACUGAGAAAGAGUAGAUAACCAAUUCUUGCAAUACCGUCGUAAUAUAGCGGACGGCUGGAUAUAUCCACACUUCCCAGACAAACAGGAACACGUUUACCCUGAAUAGAUCGCAGGCUUCGAUAUACCUUUUCUUCAUGCAGGGAAUAUCCAAACUCAACAGGGGUUCCUUUCGCCACAAAGCUAUAACCGUGCAUGAAGUGAGUAAACGAGAACAGAGCGGCGGAAAGUCCGUGCUUGUGCAUUGAUUCGCAACCGAAAGGGCCAUCAUCUUUUCUCAGAAUCUGCGCGCGAGCUGACUCCAGCAACUCUUGCUGAUUAAUAGCAUGCCGCUUACCACCUCCAUGACUUGCCACAUUCGGACAUUUUUUAUCGAGAAGACCGCCUCUUAUCAAGCCCAGGAGACACUUCUGUGUGCAGUAUUUCUGUCCACUUGAUUGUGUAUUGCUGCCCCCUUGGCCUGGUUUCGGGGGAGGCAUGACGACCAUGAUAUUUGAGGGGCGGCCCGUAAGUCGCGUGCUUGGACUGUCGGGAUCGUAUCCGCCAUUCCCACUGCUGUCAUCGUCGCUGGUCUCCCAGUUUGUUGACGUUUCGGCGGGACGACAUGAAGAGCUGGCGGCUAGACCCUUCAGUCGUGUCUUGACUGGUGAGAUGCGUAUAUAUUCAUUUCUGCUCCAUCGAUUCUGCUUGUAAUCGGACAGCUUCUCGCUGCUUUUUUCUAGAUCUGAUUCAAGAAUAUCGUCAUGUGGAGUCUCCCAUUGCUUGAGCAUCGCCUCCGCACGGUUGCGCCAGCUCUGGUCGUGGGGGGCCGUCCUCAAUGCCCGAAGAGUGAAAGCCAGCACCUGUCCUAUUGCGGUCAGGUGUAGCCUAUUAUCGCAGUUAGAACCGCUGACCCAGCCGGUGGUUUCUCCAACAUCAUCAUUUGGAACUGAAAGAUAAUAGUAGACGGUGGUGGGAUCGUCAGGAUCCACAUGGAGAAAUAUAAACGCUUCUCCAGUGCAUAGAUAGCAGUUCUCAAGACCAGCUCGGAUCAUAUAUGAAAAUGGCUGAGAUAUACACGCAGCAACUCUCCAGCGAGCUACCUUCAUGGGAUCACCCUCCUCGACAUUCUCGAUCACUUCACCAACAUCCAUAUCCACAAGCCCUGCCUCAAUAAUGCCCUUAGUGAGCUUGUGUGGUGCCUUGUAUUCGAUGAUAUAAGCCGGUAUUUCUUCGUCCGAGCCGGUGUUGUAAACACAGAACUGGUCGGCACGGGGGUGAGAUGAUCUUGAUCGUACGGUUGGAGUUUCUUGGGGGGUAUCCAUAUCGAGCUUCUUAUGCCGCUUGCGCGCCGGUGACUGCUGAGAAGAGCUAAUGCCUGACUCGGUAUAUUUGUUUUCAGGGCUUAAAGUAUUUCCAUGGUUUUCAAAUUGUAUCUGUCCCUUGAGAUUGAAUAGGUUCCGGAGGUCUUGGUUGGAGUGUAGCUGUCGAAUAAUGCUAGACACACGAUCUUCAACGGUAUAUCGCUGAUAGUAGUGGAGAUCCAGCUCAGAGCCCAGUGAUCUCACCUGCAGCUCAUGACUUGAUUCUUUCAGCGUGUGCAAGGAUGUGAAAUGUCCUUCCGAAACAAAGUCGGUGGCAAAAAGAUCCUCCCAGACACGCGACUGUUCCUUGGGAAAUGUGGUCCAUUCUCGGAUUUUAUCUGGACGCAGUUUGGAUUCGGCAUUUUCAGGAUUCCCCUGAGUUCCGGUCCUGUGGUUUAUACGUGAGGAUAGGCCCACAGAUAAAUAAGUGUGGCAUGCAUCUAAAAAUUGAGGAAGGGAAGUUGGCAGCAACUGUUUUUCUGUUUGUUGCUUUUUCUCUUCUGCCUGUCGCUGUCUUCCU